GAGAGGCAGUGCUGAGUUAAAGACACAAACACAGACACAUUACAGCAAAAUAGCGAGAGAGAGAGAGAGAGAGAGAGAGAGAGAUGAUCUGAGCUUCAGUCGCUUCAUGUCUGAUUUUCAUACAUUGAUCAUGAAUAUAUCGAGGAGAUCCGACUGAAUCUGUCGCUCGGGUGUGUGAAGAGGUCAAAGCGAAACCUUUUUUUUUUUCCGUGGCGGACGGAUUUCUCGCCCUAUUUAUCAGCCUGAUAAAUUUUAAAUAAUCAUUAUAGGAGAUAUUUGAGAUAUAAUUAUUAUUUAUUGUGUGUUUGAGGAGUAAGAGGCUUUUGAACAUGGGAUGUUUGGGCAACAGCAAGACAGAAGAUCAGCGCAUCGACGAGAAGGCGCAACGAGAGGCGAAUAAAAAGAUCGAGAAACAGUUACAGAAAGAGAGACAGGCGUAUAAAGCCACACAUCGCCUGCUCUUAUUAGGCGCUGGGGAAUCCGGGAAGAGCACUAUAGUCAAGCAGAUGCGGAUCCUGCACGUCAACGGCUUUAACGCAGAAGAAAAGAAGCAAAAAAUCUUGGAUAUCCGGAAAAAUGUUAAGGACGCCAUUGUGACGAUAAUAUCUGCUAUGAGCACCUUAACACCCCCUGUGUCAAUCGCCAACCCGUCCAAUCAGCCUAGAGCAGAGUACAUAAAAAGUAUAGCUCCACUCUCAGACUUUGACUACACAGAGGAGUUUUUUGAGCAUGCAAAGCAUCUGUGGGAUGAUGAGGGGGUGAAGGCCUGUUUCGAGCGCUCAAACGAGUAUCAGCUCAUCGACUGUGCACAGUACUUCCUGGACAGAAUUGAGUCUGUACGACAGAGCGACUACACACCGACAGACCAGGAUUUGCUGAGGUGCCGUGUUUUGACUUCAGGGAUUUUUGAAACUCGAUUUCAAGUAGACAAAGUCAACUUUCAUAUGUUUGAUGUGGGUGGUCAGAGAGAUGAAAGGAGGAAAUGGAUUCAGUGCUUUAAUGAUGUGACCGCCAUCAUCUUCGUGGCAGCCAGUAGCAGUUACAACAUGGUCAUAAGGGAAGACAACAGCACCAACCGGUUGCGCGAGUCUCUUGAUCUGUUCCGCAGCAUCUGGACUAACAGGUUUUUAAGGACCAUUUCAGUGAUCUUGUUCCUCAACAAACAGGAUAUGCUGGCAGAAAAGAUCCUGGCAGGAAAAUCCAAACUUGAAGAUUAUUUCCCAGAGUAUGCUCGCUACACACUUCCUCCUGAAGCAACCCCUGACCCAGGAGAAGAUCCGAAAGUGUCCAGGGCAAAGUUUUUUAUCCGAGAUGAAUUUUUGAAAAUCAGCACAGCGAGUGGCACAGACAAACACUACUGCUAUCCUCACUUCACCUGUGCCGUGGACACGGAAAACAUCCGCCGUGUAUUCAAUGACUGUCGUGACAUUAUUCAGAGGAUGCACCUGCGCCAGUAUGAACUCUUGUGAUUGGCUACCUGGAUCGGUUGCUCCUCCAAUCAACACUUUUCCAGUCCCACAUCACAUGGGCUGAACUACUGAAGAGUGACAAUGUUGUAAUGUUUUUUUUUUUCCCCCUUUUCUGCAUUUCACUUGUUUGCUUUCUUUUUUUUUUAAUUUAUUUUAGUCUAUAUAUGAGAUCUGAAGUGAGAGAGGGAUGAAUGAUAUGAAUGUGUGUGUGUAUAAGAUAAAAUUAGUACUAGUUUGUGUCACUCCCAGGUCAUUCCUUUCUUUAUAUUUUAUUUUGUUUUUCAACAUUGGCUGGCUUUAGAUAAGGUUAGAUUAGAUGUGGUUAGACCAGCUGAUGUAAUGGAAACUUGGUAACCUGUGACCUGUGUCAGGGUGGUCUGACCUUUGACCUUUCCCCUCCAUCUAAUGAAGGGGAUAUUGGAGUACUUGACAUAGGAGUGAAGGGGUACAUGAAGGGUUUAAUUUUGCAGGAGGCAAAAUUCACAAUGUAGCACCUCUAUAUUUAUCCUUUUUUUCCCCACCUUUUUUAGUUUAGUUUCAUUUUUAAUUGCCUUUUUUUUUCUGCAAAGUGUGCAGAAAGGACUUCAGGGCUAGAUAGGAGUUUGUAACCAAUUACAGAGCACAGAGCGUAGUAUAGGAGCAGGGGCCUGUGGAAUUUGCAUUUUUGCAGCAGCAGGCGUCCAUCUUGGGAGAACCGCCACUGGCCAACAGAUGCCUCCUUUACUAUGGGCAGUCCCCAUUUGGGAGGUAGUCCUAAAUAUAGAUGAAAAGAAAAACACAAUAUAUUUUUAGGGGGUUUGUUUUGUUAAUCCUAAAAAUGUGCAAGGUCGCUCAAUCUUGUACAGGACUGCAAAAUGUUAUUUUGUAUAACUUCAACAAGAAAGACAAAACUUUGACUUGUAGAAGCUCUUUGUGCCUUUGAAUAUGGCUGUACCUGUAAAUGAGGAUGAAGUAUGUGUGAUUGGACAGCGCUGUACAGCUUGAUGUCAAAUAUUACAUGCAGCACAGCGUGCUGAUGGGAAAUCUGUAGACUGAGUUUUUUCUGGUUUAUAAAGCUACUUAAUGUCUUUUACUAUAUAAUGAAGAAAAAUUAGGCAAAAAAAUAUUGUAUACAAUAUGCAAAAUUAACCACUUUGUUCAGAAACUGCAAAUACAAUAUGUCUUAAAAUUAUUUCUUUGAAUUUCUGUUUUCGUCAAACGGAGUCAGCUUUAAAACGUUGGAAAUCUUUUCAAAUUUCCAAAAUUUUGUCCUACUGUUGUUUCAGGUAGGGCACAUUUUUAGAAGCCGCGUAUAUGCAGACUGUACGCAGGGUCGUGCCGAUGAAAGCGUGUAGAUAUGUGUGAUUGCAUGCGUGUGCGCAUACGCAUGCAGAUACUAUACCACAUUGUACUGUAAAUCUGCGCUCUAUGUGUACAUAUACAUUUAUAAAAAAAAGUGAAAACAUAUAUUCUAUAAAUAUAUAUGUACAAUUAUUCAUAAUAAUAUGUGUGCCUAUAUGUAUACAUAUUUAUGAAUGUUUAGCGAGGUUGUAUGCAUAGCUAUGCAUAUACAAAUGCAUAAUAUAGAAAGAAUGAGGAAGUAAGACUAGCGAUGUCUUACUGGCCACCCUGAGCGCAUGCUGACUGCGCUGGCAUUGUGAAUGUGAGCACUGAUAGUAUAAACCUCACAGCUUGAGUGGGUCCAUACGGUCUCUCUCACUCACCAGUGGGGCAGUUAUCAUAAGUUAAAUUAAUAGUGCACCCCAAAAUGUUUAUAUUUUUCAUCAUUUGUAGAUCAAAUGUACAGAAAUAACUGCAUGAAAAAUCAUCAAAAAUUUCAUUUGUGUAUUCAAAAGAUUAAUAAACAGCAUGCAGAUUCAGAACAACCAGAGGUUGAGUAAAUGAAACUAUUUUAAUUUUUGAGAGAAAUAUUCAAUAUAUUAAACACGAGCGACUGCCUAGAUUCCUCAUAUUUAAAACAUACGCACUUGAGUCCAUGCAAAAUGCCCUACAAAUUUUUAAUUUGAUCCUUGACUGUACUCUUGCGGUUCACUUCUUAACUGGUGAAGUACAGGGACAGUGUGUGACGUAACUUUAGGCUGUGAGUGGCUGUAACACUGGUAGAUAGGCUUUAUUUUCUUUAGUCUCCUCUGCAGCUUUUACAUGUUCAAACUUAUUUCAGAAACUAAAAUUAUGAGUGACAAUAAAGAAAUAUUAAAAAUAAUAAUAAAAAAAUGUGUCUGGCCUUCAAGGAUUAUAAGAUUUCUUUCUUUUUCAUUUCUUAACGAUUAUUUUAAUUACGAGGCACAUUAGAAGACCUUGGUCUGUUUAAAAUGGAGAUGUUGGAAGAAAUGUAAUUUUGCAAAUAAAAUACCUCUAAAAGAAA